AGCCUCUAAAUCCUGCUUAUUAAGCGGGAUAAAAAUCAACAUUGCUAACCACGCAAAGGUAAUGAGCCCCCAGCCCCAGCCCCAGCCCCAGCCCUCAUGAAUUAAAAUUACCUUUGUCAAAACAAAUCAAAGCUUUGCAUUGGUUGGAUAAAUACUAAUUCACACCCUUUCUCUUUAGCUCCCACUCAAACCUUUAUCCUUUUUCUAUUCUCAAUAAAAACCAACCAUAUCACCAGUUCCUAUUACCUCCCACUUCCUUUCUUGCUUUUACCAAAUGGGGUUUCUUUUUGCUCUUCUCUUCGCUGGCUGUUUCUUCUUUACAGCUCCAUUUGUUGGCUGCUCUCGUAGUUUGCUGCAAACUCCUCAACCCACCACAGCUCUCGACGUCGCUGAAGCUCUUGUGAAGACCAAAAAUGUCAUCUCCUUCGACCCCACCAAGAAGCCAGCAUUUACCCCACUGGACCAAAGCCUCUCAGCUUCAUCUCCAUCUUCUUCUCCGUCUUCCAUCUCCCUUCAAAUUCAUCCCCGAGUUUCUAUUCAUAAAAGCUCCCACCUUGAUUACAAAGCGCUAACCUUAUCCCGACUCCAGCGUGACUCAGCUCGAGUCAGUUCGCUCGUCACUCGGUUGAAUCUGGCUGUCAACGGGAUUUCAAGGUCAGCUCUCAAACCCCUUGAUACGGGAUUAGAAUUUGGAGCCGAGGAUCUGGAAGGUCCGAUUGUGUCCGGUUCGAGUCAAGGAAGUGGUGAGUACUUUUCCCGAGUUGGAAUCGGGAAACCACCGAGUCAAAUAUACAUGGUACUCGACACGGGCAGUGACGUCAACUGGGUACAAUGCGCACCCUGCGCCGAUUGUUACCAACAAUCCGACCCAAUCUUCGAGCCAUCUUUGUCGUCUUCCUACUCUCCGCUAAAGUGCGACACCCAACAAUGCAAGUACCUUGACGAUUCCGAAUGUCGAAAUGACCGUACAUGCGUCUACGAGGUGUCCUACGGUGACGGGUCUUACACUGUGGGUGACUUUGUCACCGAAACCAUCACCCUCGGCUCGGAUUCUGUCAACAAUGUAGCCAUUGGUUGUGGCCAUAAUAACGAAGGGUUGUUUGUUGGAGCGGGAGGCUUGCUUGGUCUCGGUGGCGGCCCGCUCUCCUUUACCUCUCAGCUUAAUGCAAGUAGUUUCUCCUAUUGUCUCGUGGAUCGUGACUCUGACUCAGCAUCCACUCUUGAAUUCGACUCGUCUUUCCCUCCUAACACCAUUACAGCUCCAUUAAUUCGUAACCACCAGCUAGACACGUUUUAUUAUAUUGGUUUAACCGGGAUCAGUGUGGGUGGCGAGUUGCUCCCGAUUCCUGAGUCAGCAUUCCAAAUGGACGAAUCAGGUAAUGGUGGGAUUAUCGUCGACUCGGGAACCGCCGUGACACGGUUGCAGAGCGACACCUAUAAUGUUCUCCGUGAUGCGUUCGCUAAAGGGACAAAGAACUUACCGUCAGCUGAUAGCGUGGCGUUGUUUGACACGUGUUACAAUUUGUCUACGAAGAGUAGCGUGGAUGUGCCAACGCUGUCAUUGCACUUCCCAGAGGGUAAAGUUUUACCGUUACCGGCUAAGAAUUACAUGAUACCGGUUGAUUCCGUUGGGACCUUCUGUUUCGCGUUUGCGCCAACGUCCUCGUCGUUGUCAAUCAUUGGGAACGUGCAACAACAGGGGACGCGUGUCGGUUUCGAUCUGGGCAACUCCCGCGUAGGAUUCGUGCCCAACAAAUGUUAAAAGUAAUUUAGGUUAUUGGAAAUAUUUGGACUAGUUGUGAUUUAUUUACGAUUUUCACGUUGGUGACAAGAAAAAAAGAGAUUUUUACCGCUUGGGCGGUGUGUCCAUUUCAAUUUCUCAAUAAUUGUUAAGAUUAGCGUCGCGACUGACGGAGUAGGCGGCGAGGUUGUCAAUGUCGGCAGUAGUGGCAUGUAUAGUAAAUUCAUUGAAUGCGUGAGGAGAACAGUGGGCCAACAGUAGAGACUUAAUAGAUCGUUGAUAUGACCGUUACAUAGUUUGUUUAUUAGAAGAAAGAUUCGCUUUGGUGUAUCAAACAUAAUUUACUUUGGUGUCAGUGCUUACUUGGCUGCAUCGGAUGCCUUUUUCUGUUUUAAAUAUUUAUCUUUUUCAUAAUUAAACAAAAGAAAGGAUUUUUAGCUUGA